AUGGGGGAGGGGGAGAGUGUGCAACGAAUGAGGGGAGGGGGUGGGGUGAAAACCACUACAGGGGUGGGAAUAGGGGCAAGGGUUGGUAUACAGUACGACAACGCUACAAGUCGACUUCUUAUUUCUCCGCUCGUCGGAGCUAUUUUUCUGAGUCUACUAUUGCGCCUGAAGAUAAUUAAGUCGCCAUGGGGCGCGGCGCGGUUCCGGUCUCUGGACUACUCGGAGCGCAACGGCUACAUCAAGGGCGUCGUCACCGAGAUUCUCCACGACUCGGGCCGCGGUGCUCCCCUCGCAAGGGUGCAGUUCCGGCACCCGUUCCGGUUCAAGCAGCAGAAGGAGCUGAUGGUGGCGGCGGAGGGCAUGUACACGGGGCAGUUCGUGUACUGCGGCAAGAAGGCCACGCUGAGCAUCGGCAACGUCCUCCCCGUGCGCGCCAUGCCCGAGGGAACCGUCUGCUGCAACCUCGAGCAGCACGUGGGAGACCGCGGCGCCAUCGCGCGCGCGUCCGGGGAUUACGCGAUCAUCGUCUCGCACAACCCGGAUAACGGCACCACGCGCGUGAAGCUCCCGUCUGGGGCGAAGAAGGUGAUUCCGUCGUCGUGCCGUGGCAUGGUGGGGCAGGUGGCGGGUGGUGGUCGCACUGAGAAGCCGAUGCUCAAGGCGGGUAACGCGUACCACAAGUACCGUGUGAAGCGCAACUCGUGGCCUAAGGUGCGUGGUGUGGCGAUGAACCCCGUGGAGCAUCCCCACGGUGGUGGUAACCACCAGCACAUUGGCCACGCGUCCACUGUGCGACGCGACGCGCCGGCCGGGCAGAAGGUGGGUCUGAUUGCUGCCCGGCGCACUGGGCGGCUGCGCGGACAGGCUGCUGGCUCGCUCAAGAUGGAGAAGGGUGCUUAA